AGGCAUCUUGGCUCUCUGCUUUCUCCCCAGCUCUGCAGCAACGCAUCCGCCUUCUCUCUCCACCUCCGCCACCCGGCCUUAAAGCGGCAAGCCCGUCGUGAGAGACAGCAGCGUGCAGAGAUGGGCAGAAAUAGGUUGGCUGUGUAGGGAUGCCAGAAUGGCUCCAGGUCCGUUGGGGGAGGGGGAAAAGGCAGAGGGACUCUGCAGAGGAGGCUAAUCCAGCUGUGGUUCAACUUCUGGUGUGCUGGCUGCCAAGGAAAGGAAUUUUUUUUUGCUAAAGAAAACUUCUUGCUGAAAGGGGAAUGAAAAUCACAGCACCUGCAUUGGCUGCGGAUAUGUUGGCGAUGGCGUUGGGGGUCUCGGGCCUUCUGCUUCUCAUCCUGUGUGCCGAAUCAGAUUGCUGGCGGCAAGACGCCAAGGAUCCUUUAUCUUCUGUGGGCUUGAGCGUCCGAUGCCGGGGUCUGUGGAGUGAGUGCAUAUUUGAUAACGUGGCUGACCUCUGGACUUGUGAUAUUCCUAUCUCCUAUCUCAGCGAACACCCCGCUGUCUUUGUGGCCACCCGGGUCUUGGUCAUCCUUACUGGCUUCCUGACGCUUGCCGCCAUGCCCCUUUUCAUUGCUGGGAUGAAAUGCACCAAACUGAUUCGUGACAAAGUCCUGUGGAAAUACAAGUUCUCCCUGGCAGCUGGGACAUUGUUCCUCCUGGGAGGUCUAGCUGGUGCAAUCGCUGUCCUUUGGUAUGGUAUCGACACCGUGCAGAAGUAUAAAUUAGAGGUGACUUUAGGAAUUCCAGGUGUGACUUAUGAACUCGGCUGUGCCUACUGGAUGGCUGCAGGUGGUGCUGCUUGUGCCUGCGCUGCUGGGAUUUUGCUGAUCGCUGCCAGCUCUCUCGACGCCCAGAGUCUAAGAAAGGAUCAGAGCCCUCGGUUUCCCCCUCCUGUUUCCAAAGGCACGUACCUGUGAAAGCGGGUUUCUCUGCCAGAAAUGAGUCCGGAUAUCUAUUAAACCAGAC